UGGUAUACGUAUUCGCUUACGACAUAUGCUGCACUUCCAAUCAUUUCGAAACACAGAAGAAAAGAAUUUGCUUACGUUUGUGGAAGGCAAAGAUUAAUAACACUCCUUCUCCUCCAACAAUUAUACACAAUACUUGGUCAGAAUAUUAAAUAUUGGAAUUUGGCGAAGUAAGUGAGAGAGAGGAAAAGAUGGGGUGGAGAGGAAUACUGGGAUUUGAGUAUGGGAUAGUUCAGGCGCCAUUAGGCCCUGACAUCUCAGGUCCAGAGCUGGUCGCAGCUGUCGCAAAUGCCGGUGCUCUUGGUUUUCUUAGAAUUCCUGAUUGGGAAGCUCCAGAUUAUGUGAGGGAGCUUAUAAGGAAAACUAGAGCUUUGACUGAUAAGCCAUUUGGUAUUGGCGUGGUUCUUGCGUUUCCUCAUGAAGAGAACAUUAGGGUCAUACUUGAGGAAAAGGUUGCAGUUCUGCAGGUCUAUUGGGGCGAAUGUUCCCAAGAUCUUGUGCGCCGGGCUCAUGAAAACGGGGUGAAGAUUAUACCUCAAGUUGGGAGCUUCAAAGAGGCAGAGAAAGCAGUGAAGGUGGGUGUAGACGGGAUUAUGGUUCAAGGGCGUGAAGCUGGAGGGCAUGUCAUUGGUCAGGACGGGUUAAUCACUUUGUUGCCAAGAGUAGUUGAUCUUGUCCGUGGACGUGACAUCCCUGUAAUUGCUGCUGGAGGGAUAGUGGACGAGCGUGGUUAUGUAGCUGCUCUCGCCUUGGGAGCGCAGGGUAUUGCACUAGGGACUAGGUUCCUUGCAACAGAAGAAAGCUUUGCUCACCCUAUCUACAAACAAAAGCUGGUCGAGCUGCAAGAAACUGAGUACACAGAUGUUUUUGGUCGUGCAAGAUGGCCUGGUGCACCUCACCGCGUUUUAAUAAAUCCUUUGUUUAUGGAUUGGAGGAGCUUUCCAAGUAACGAGAACGAGAGCAAUCAGCCCAUCAUUGGCCGUUCACUCAUACAUGGGGUGGUGAGUAUUUUAUUUGUCACUCAACUUUUCUAUUUGAUCAAAAUAAGACCUAUUUGCCAGGAUUUUGUGAAGAUUUUGAUAUUCUUGAUCACUGAUCACCAUUAUUCAGCAUCAUCCCAAGCCUUUAAUGUUACUUAUUUUUUUCUUUUCUUUUUUCGUAGGAAAAAGACAUUCAUCGUUUUGCUGGUACGGUUCCAAAUGCAACGACAACUGGUGAUAUCGAAAGCAUGGUGAUGUACGCGGGACAAAGUGUCGGCCUCAUCAACGAGAUCAUACCGGCAAGUGAAGUUAUCAAGAGACUUGUUAAAGGGGCUCAAGUUCUUAUUCAGAAAGAAUUUACCCCAGAAGGUAUUUUAGGUGAAACUGAAUCAGGUGUAAUAUGAAGUCUAAUUGUGUAAGUAAUGCUGAAACAUAUUUCCUCUUCUUAGCAAUGCUCAAUUCUUGUGUGUCCUAAU